CGGCUUCUUAGAGUCAUAGGAGUGAGCUAUGCUAGAGCUAUGACAAUAAGAUGGCGGGGAAGAAGAACGUGCUGUCGUCUCUGGCAGUUUACGCGGAAGAUUCAGAGCCUGAGUCUGACGAGGAGAAAGGCGGAUUGGUAUCUAACGCCUAUGGAGACGAUGACUUUACUCGCCUAGGGGGUGAUGAAGACGGUUAUGAAGAAGAAGAGGAUGAGAACAGCAAACAAUCGGAAGAUGACGAUUCAGAGACUGAAAAACCUGAGGCUGAUGACCCAAAGGAUAAUGCAGAAGUAGAAAAGCGAGACCCCCAGGAAUUAGUUGCCUCCUUUUCUGAAAGAGUCCGGAACAUGUCGCCUGAUGAAAUCAAGAUCCCACCAGAACCCCCUGGCAGGUGUUCAAAUCACCUUCAGGACAAGAUCCAGAAGCUUUAUGAGCGAAAGAUAAAGGAGGGAAUGGAUAUGAACUACAUUAUCCAAAGGAAGAAAGAAUUCCGAAACCCCAGCAUCUAUGAGAAGCUGAUCCAGUUCUGUGCCAUUGAUGAGCUCGGCACCAACUACCCAAAGGAUAUGUUUGACCCCCAUGGCUGGUCUGAAGACUCCUACUAUGAGGCAUUAGCCAAGGCCCAGAAGAUUGAAAUGGACAAACUGGAAAAGGCCAAAAAGGAACGAACUAAAAUUGAGUUUGUGACGGGCACCAAGAAAGGCACCACAACCAAUGCCACAGCCACCACCACCACCACCUCCAGCACAGCUGUUGCAGAUGCUCAAAAGAGAAAGAGCAAGUGGGACUCUGCUAUCCCGGUGACAGCGAUAGCCCAGCCCACCAUCCUCACCACCACAGCGACCCUGCCAGCUGUCGUCACGGUCACCACCAGCGCCAGUGGCUCCAAGACCACUGUCAUCUCUGCCGUGGGCACCAUCGUGAAAAAGGCCAAGCAGUGACCUGAGGGGUCUUGCUAGGACUUGACAUGACCAUAUAGCCCAGUGACCACUGAGAGACCCACUUUAUAUGUUUCAGGACCUGCUCCCCAGAUGCCACCUGAGAGGAACCUCAGUGUGGCAUUCCAGCCAGAAGAAGGACAUUGCAGCAGAGGAGUGGGUUCUGUGGACAGCAUCUGUCCACCCAGCAGUUGGGGCCUGUCGCCCUAUUAAAGUGUUGUGUUCUCACA